GAUUGGCUGCACCUUUUGCUUUUUGUUUUAGGUUGUUUCCACCUUUUGUGCUCGAGAGGAAAUUAAGCUUCUCUGCCAUGGAAGUAAUCCAUGCUCUCCACACCGCCUUUUGGCAUUUUAGGAAUUUUAAAUAGUUUGUUACUCCUCUUGGCGCCUAUGAUUACCUUUCAGAGGGUAAUUAGAAAGAGAUCAACAGAAAAAAUUUCAGGCAUACCAUAUGUUAUUAGUCUGUUCAACUGCUUGUUCUCAAUGUGGUAUAGUCUGCCAUUUGUUUCGCCAAACAAUAUGCUGGUUACAAUUAUCGGUGCCAGUGGUACAAGCAUUCAGGCAACCUACGUGUUGAUUUUCCUCAUAUUUGCCCCAAGCUGGAAAGAGAAGGCUAAGAUCUCUGGGAUUCUAUUUCUUCUUUUUCUUAUCUUCUCAACUGUGGCCUUAGUUUCCAUAUUUGCACUCCACGGCUAUAAAAGGAUGCUUUUUUGCGGCUUAGUUUCUGCAAUUGUGGGUAUCUCUAUGUAUGGUUCUCCUCUCACUAUAAUGAGGUUGGUGAUCAAGACUAAAAGCGUGGAGUACAUGCCAUUAUUCUUGUCAAUAUUUGCUUUCACGUGCAGUAUCACAUGGUUAGUCUACGGAUUGCUUGGAGCGGACCCUUUUAUUUAUGUACCAAACGUGGUCGGAGCUUUGUUGGGAUUAGUGCAACUAAUUUUAUAUGCAGUUUAUCGUGAUAUUAAACGGGAAGUGAAGAAAGAAGCAGUAGAUGAAUCAGUAAAGAUGGAGCUUGAAAAUCCCAAUGAAGAAAAGAUAGCUGACACACAAAUCCCAAUGCAGUUUUUCUCUCAUCAUAAUGGACAAAUCCUAAAUUAAUAAUUAUCUACAUAUGUAACUUAAUUUUCACUUAACUCCACUUGCCAAAACAAUUAUCAGUUGUCCCUUGAAUUCCUAAGGACAAAUGUAGUAACCUACACUCGUAUGAAAAUCGUUAUUCUAUUUUGAACCUUAGAGUUUUUUGAGUUGCUAGUUUUUUUUUUUCUUCCCUUUAAUUAGGAGGAUCUAUAGUGUUUCUACACUUCCCCUCCAUGGUGACUCGAACCCAGGACCUAUCGGUCGUAGGUGGAGGUGCUUUUACCAACUGAGCAAGCCUCUCUUGUCUUGUAAGUCCAUUUGAGUUGCUAGUUGAUUUGAUAGUACUCUUUU